AAGAUAGUAUUUUAUUGAAAAUUAGUAAUAUAUUUUAUUAUAACGAUAAUUAAUUUCAAAAAUACUUAUUAAAAUAUGUAUAAAAUUAUAUCGAUAGGAUAUUUUGCUUUAACAUUUAAACUAUUGAUAGAAGUAUGCACAUAUAUACAUUUAUUUUGAAUAUUUGAAACGAUAUCUAAUUUUCAACAGGUUAUCAUACAUAUAAUAGUUUGUUUUUUAAAAAAAAGAACGAAAUUAUUAAUUUAUCAAAAAUAAUUUCAAAAUAGUGUUUUGAUUACCUAAUUAAAUGCAUUAAAUCAUACACUGAAGCCAUUGAAGAAAAAACAGAAAUGGAAGAAGAUAAUGAUGAUGAAAAUAAUAUUGCUGUUAAAAAUACAGUUCCAUUAAUAAAAGAUUUAUUCCAUGUGCAUGGGAAAGUUGGAGAAGGAACCUUUAGUUCUGUAUAUUUAGCUACUUUAAAAUUAUCUGAUGGUUCUAAAAAAUUUGCAUUGAAACAUUUAGUUCCUACUAGACAUCCUGAAAAAAUUGAAAGAGAAUUACAAUGUAUGCAACAAAUAGGAGGAAAAGAUUAUAUAGUUGGAUUGGAAUUAUGUUUAAGAAAUUUUGAAACAGUAAUAUUUGUAAUGCCUUAUAUGAGACAUGAUAAAUUUUCGGAAUAUGUACAAGAUAUGACUGUUCAAGAAACAAAAGAUUAUAUGAUAGCAUUAUUAACUGCAUUACGAAGGGUUCAUCAAUUUAAUAUUAUACAUAGAGAUAUUAAACCUAGUAAUUUUUUAUAUGAUAGAUGCAAUAAAAGAUAUUUGCUAGUUGAUUUUGGAUUAGCACAAGAGUAUAUAGCUGAAAAGAAAUCUAGUAAUAUUAAAUUAGCUAAUUCUGAAGUUGUUAAACGAAAAAGAUCAGAUGAAAAUAGUUUAAAUCUUUCUCUUAAUUCAAAAAAGAAAGAUACAGGAGAAAAGUGCUAUUGCUUUGGUAAAGCAAAGGUUUGUUCAUUGUGUAUAUCAAGACCUGAACAGACAGCUCCCAGAGCUGGCACACCAGGUUUUCGUGCUCCUGAAGUUUUAUUAAAAUAUCCUUCACAAACGCCUGCAAUUGAUAUUUGGGCAAGUGGAGUUAUAAUGUUAUGUAUUCUUAGUGGUACUCAGCCUUUUUUUCAUUCACCAGAUGACUGUACAGCUUUAGCAGAAAUAACAACUAUAUUUGGAUCAAAUAAGAUGCAACAAUGUGCACGUAAAUUAGGAAAAAAAAUUAUCUUUAGUGAAGAUAUACCAGCAGUUGAUAUUGUCUCUUUAUGUCAAAAAUUGCAAAAAAGAAAUAAGGGUUUAUUAAAUAGUAAAAAUCAUAAUACAUGUGAAAAGGUAUCAUCACACACAAAGAUAUCAGACACACAAAAAGAAUAUCCAAAAGAAGCUUAUCAUCUUUUAUCAAAAUUAUUAGAUUUAGAUUAUAAAACACGUUUUACUGCAGAUCAAGCUUUAAGUCAUCCAUUUUUUAAAUUAUAAUGUCUAUUUUUAUAUUAAAAAUUGUUUUGGCAAAUUUACAAGAAAACUAUUUUAUAACAAUACUAUAAAAAUAAUUAAAUAAUAUUAAAUUUAAUACUAAGAAGAAUUGUACAUUAUGAAACUUGUACAUGUACAUAUGAGUGUAUACAAAUAAUACAUUAUGUUAAAUCAA